AUGAUACCCACUUCCUGCGCCCGGGUCCGCGUAGGUCUAAGGCGCACACGAUACACUCGCAACAGCAAUGCGCCAAACCUCGAAUGCGCACGCCUGCGGCCGUCUCCUUCGCACGUCACCCGCCGACACACGGCUUCGAAACCUCCUGUAGGGCAGAAGGUGCCAGAGACAGCGCAGACGAUCCCUGGCCCUAGCUGGCUUUGGCUCGAUCCCAUCUACGAACCAUUCCGCGCAUACGGUCGCGUGCAGCAAAGGAAGCCAUACACGACGCAGUUGGUGUCUUCUCUCGUCAUAUACUUUGUUGGAGACUUGGUGGCGCAGAGUAUUACGCCGCAACCAGUGGAUGGCGUGGGAGAGAAGCAGGAGGUGGAUGAGGACGAGAAAGGCUGGGUCCAGAAAUGGAGCGACGACAGAGACUGGGCUCGUACCGGGCGCGCGCUGGUGAUCGGGGGCUUGAGCUCGAUUCCCUCGUACAAGUGGUUCCUCUGGCUAGGAAAUAACUUCAAUUACUCCUCGAAACUCCUCUCUCUCUCCACCAAGGUCGUGGUAAACCAAGCGCUCUUUACACCCUUAUUUAAUUCCUACUUCUUCGGCAUGCAAUCGCUCCUCAGCGGCGCAACGGUUCCCGAUAUGAUAGAGCGAAUAAAGCACACGGUUCCCACAAGCUGGAUCAACAGCUGUAAGCUCUGGCCCGUGGUUACGGCAUUUAGUUUCACGUAUAUACCCAUACAGUACAGGAGCAUAUUCGGAGGCGUUAUUGCGAUUGGGUGGCAGACGUAUUUGAGUUUGCUCAACCAGCGAGCUGCUGCCAAGGAAGAGAAGGAGCAUGAGGUAGCGGCCCAUGUAGUGGCUGAAGAUGAACAUCAAGCGCACAGAAAAGAGCAGCAAAAGUGCGCUGCAUAA